GCCAGCGCGUCCCCGCCGGAUGUGACGUCACGUCGCCGCGCGGGGACGGCGGGGAAAGAUGGCGGCGCCGGGAGAGCCAGGGGAGGCGGCGUUCGCGCGGCGCAUCGACCCGGCCCGGGAGCCGGGGCUCAGCCCCGAGCAGCGCCGCCUCAUGGCGCAGGUGGAGCACGUCCAGCGCCAGCGCGCCCUGCAGCGCCGGCUCCGCAGCCGCAACGUGCUGCUGGCGCUCGGCAUCGGCGCCGUGACAUUUGGCAUCUACGGUUACACCUUCUACUCGGUGUCGCAGGAGCGGUUCCUGGACGAGCUGGAGCAGGAGGCGGAGGCGGCGCGGGCGCGGGCCCGGGCGCGGGCCGAGGGCGCCGCAAGCUGAGCGGGGAGAACCCGGCCCGGCCCGGCUCGGCUCGGCCCGGGACUGAGCUGCCGCCCGCGCCAGGCAGGACGGGCCUCGAGGCAGCUGCGCCUGAGGGGUUCGGGCCUGCCCCGUGCUCUGCUUGGCCCGGGAGAACGCCCCGGGGGCUCCCCGCAGGCAGGCAGAGCCCGGCCCGGGGCCGUGCCCGCGGGAAGGACAGGGGCGCCCCGGUGCCGGCACUCCCCACAAUAAAUCCCUCACUGGAGAACGCCUCA